AUGGUGCUCCUGAAGCAUGCGUCUAAAGGGCGAUCCAUUGUUAGCAGGGUGACCGGGGGGGUGAGGCUAGUGUGUAGUGGGGGAGACGACCAUGCAUUGGUUGCCAACGGAGCGGUUGCCCCCCCUUGUGGGGAAUCCCACCUACGGGAGUUCACUAAUGCAGACAAAAUCGUGUACCACAAUGCAGAGGACUUGCGCAAGUUCUGCGACAGAGCAUUUAAGAAGUUUCGAUCCGAGCUGAACAUAUUGACAUCAUCCAACAGGGAAUAUGUGCCGUACCACCUGUUUGACUUCUUCCUCUCACGGGGGUCAUUCGAGGGGUUGCACGAAAAGUUGGCCCUCAAGGUGGAACAGUUAAAGAGGGCACAAUCGAACGUGCGCAAAAUCGGGGAAGCGUGCCUCCCCGGGGCUGACAAGCUUCACGAUGAUGAAGGUGGGGAUUAUUCCCCCUAUUUUUUGCCACACUUGUCCGACGCGAUGGAGGGGGACGUGGAUCAGAAUGUAGACCGUGAAGGAUGUGUGCAAAAGAAAAAUAUAUCCUAUGGGGAGGGAAACAAAAAUGUGAAGAAGGAGAAAAGCAUAUCGUCGUUAUUGCAACUGAAACAAGUUAACCACCUAGACAUAGACUCGUAUAUAAAGUUAAGUUUACAGAGGAAUUUCCACGUUCAAUAUUUGACAACAGUUCAGUACUGUUUAUUUCCACUGUUUGUAAAAAAUUACGACAUUUUAAUUCACUCUGUUAAAGGCACAGGGAAGACGCUAUCCUACUGUCUCCCACUUGUCCACAAAAUAAUUGCCCAGAUAGGUAAACUUAAAAGGGAUUUUCCUCACUUGAAAGACAACUACGUCCUUGCGCUGAUUAUCUGUCCGAACAGAAUUCUCGUCGAACAAACAUAUGCAAUUGUAAAAAAGUUACUCAUGUACCAUCCGUAUGGUAUCAUAUGCCACUACAUGCAUGGAAAAAAAAAUAUGAACAUGCAAGGUGAAAUUGAAGAAUUAAAAAAAAAAAAACCACACAUUAUUGUGACCACUCCAGCUAGCUUCAUCAAUCAUAUGAAAUUCACCUCUUCCUUCAAAGACAUGCUUUUUUUAUGUGACACAAUCAUCGUGGACGAGGCGUACUUUCUAUUAAAUUCAAAUUAUUUAACGAACGUUUUAACCAUAAAGGAUGUUCUGCCCAAGGGCCAUCAAACCGUUUUACUAACCUGUCAUGUUAAUAAUUUUUUAAAGCACUUGGCCUUCAGAUUUUUGCGCCUCAAUUAUGUGUACCUAAAUUUAGUGCACAACUGUGUGUAUGAUGAUGACACCUUUGAGGCUGCCACUCGGGGGGGUACAGACCACCAGUGUAAUGACGUAACAGAUGGGAAUGAAGAACGGAGUGACCUUUCAAAUCUGACCAAUCGGGCGAACCCCCCAUUCGAGCUGUACCACCGACUGAAUGCUAAGCUCCUCUCCCUCCACAAAAACAACAUACUGAACUGCACGCAGCUAGAAAAGCUUUGGUACUGCAAAGACGCCAAGACGUUUUACGACCACGUUAAUGCAUUCGAUGCGUACCUCGUAGGGGAGCCCGGCCACCCGACAGAAGGGGCAUGCAUCAAUGAACAAGGACCAACUCGCACUGAGAUGCAUACCUCCUGGGAAGGUAAAACUACUGCGGGUGAGCGGACAAAUGGGACAGGUCCAAAUGAAAGACUCCUUCCCGAAUGUACACAUAAAAAGGGUGAAGGAAAAAAGAGGGAAGAACCACUGGAAGAGCAAAAAAAGAAACUCACUCUAAGCCACAGCGAUUAUAAUAACUACACACAGUUCAGUCGAACACACGCCAAUUAUGAACAAAACAAAGGGAGAAACAUCCCCACGCAUAUAUUCCUAACGCAAGAGUAUUUAAUAUACGAGUCGGACAAACUUGCCUUAAUAAUCUUCAAUAUUCUCUGCAGAGAGCUCCUCUCAAAGGAGCGUAUAAAGAUAGUCCUCUUCAUGCCCACUGUAAAAAUGAUCCAAUUUUUUUACGUCAUUUUCAAGCACUACAUUUUUAAGGGCUACCUGUGUUUGCUCUACCUGCGUGGAAAGCAAAGGGCCCACUGGGCGUGCGCCAAUUCGGACAGUGCUGCUGUACACCCGCAGAAUCAUCACUACGAUAAGGAUCGUGUUACCUUUUCAGUCUCUUCCACCCCCUUUGUUCUGGCCCAUCCAGAAGUGGAGAGCGCAGCAGAGGGGGGAUCCAAACGUGGGAAUGGUUCCAUCGAGUUUGGGGAUAGCGAAACGGACAGUUCACUCAAUAUGGAGGACCCACACGCAAACAGAGACAAAGCAAAGAGUGAAGAGAGCAAAUGCGAUAUUGCUGAUUAUAAGUACCAACGUGAGUACGAACUGCUGAAAGACGUCAUAUUCUCCUGUCUGCACUCCAAAUUGAGUGUAGAUAAAAAAAUGUACACCCUGAACAGAUUUAACAACUCGGAGGGGAAGAGCAAACAAGUCUUAUUCGCCUCCUCCUUGUUGUGUCAAGGAAUCGAAGUAGACAAAAUCGACUUGGUAAUACAGGUAGGGGUAUGUACCACCGUUGAUGAAUACGUUCUGAGGACGAAUCUCGCCACAUCGAAAAAUACGAAGGGACGCAGCCUGCUCUUGUUAAACGAGUUAGAGGGGCAUUAUUUGUUCACUCUUUACAAAAACAACAUAAUGAUUAGCAGCAUCAGCAGGAGCUACUUGAGAGAUAUAUAUAAGGACAACCCUUUGUUGGAUGCUCUGUUGAAGUAUAAGCGCAGGGGGGUCAGUGUGCCAAGUGUGUGUAGCGAGGAUGACCAACGCUCAACGGGACAAUCCGUUAACGAUAAGGACAAGGACGAUGAUGUAGGUGACGUAUCGGGAGUAAAGCAUACGCAUGUGGGGGGAAAUUAUCACUAUGCUUAUAAGCCCCCACUGAGACACAUCGAAUGGCACAAACACGAACACCUGCUCUGUUCGUGCGAGCUGAUGUACAGAUCGCUCCUCGGGUUUUAUUGUCAACAAAACAAAUUUCUCAAGUAUGAAAAAUGGCAAGUACCAAGUUUAAUUAAAAGUAUGAUUUACUCGUUUGGCUAUUUUGAUAAUUUUUAUGUAACGAAAUCGAUGGCUGCAAGACUUCAAAUUUUAAAUGCACCUGACUUGUUUGUAAAGUUUAAUGCCACCCCGAGGAGUGUGCUCAUGUCCGCGCUGCCAUCUUACAAGGGGUACAAGUCCCAGAUGAAUGAACUUUGGCGGAAAGGCUGCGUAGAUGGUCAGUCAGGCGAAGUGUCACCCUCAGGGGAGGACUCACCAUUUGACACAGAACAUGGGGAAGUCAACUUGGAAGAAAAGGCAGAAAGACGAGAAAGUGGGGAUUACGAAAGGCAUCCCCUGUAUUUCCCCAUUCGAACAUAUUUGUCUUGA